CCAGCAUGAGCUGUCGUCGAUCGACACACAACCCAACGAGACCACGACCAGGAUGCGGCUGGCGCGGACGUUCGUCGCCAUCACCGCUGCGCUCAUGUCGCUUGGACGUGCAGAAGACAUCCAGUCGGAUGUCUCAGAAGAGAUGAAGAGCACGGGGUCCGCAGGGCUUGCAGAGUCGUACAAUCGAACGAUUCACAUGGGCAAAUCCGCACGGUUCAAAUUGGCGUACCCGAACGCUAGGUUCAUCUACGUCCGGUUUUCCAAGCUGGACCUGCCUCCAGGAGACACAUUGACACUGUCCACGAACGAAACGACUGUCGUGUACAAAGGCUAUGCCCGUCGCCGCCGUCGACGAGCCAAAGAUUCGACUGGAGAGGACUUCUUUUACUCGGACAGACUCAUGGGCGACUCGGUCAACAUCUCGUACACUCCCCAUGGCAAAAACAAAAAGUCGGUAAAGCAGACUCCGCCUUCGUUUGGCGUCACGAUCGGGUCGUAUAUUCGUGGCGUCGCCCGCAUCAGAUCGACCGACGGCAAGUCCCUCGUGAAUCCGGCCUGCGUGUCGGCCACCCCCGCGUGGCAGCCAGCCGUUUGUUUCAAGGAAUCGGACCCCCUCGUGUAUGAGAGCUCACGCAGUCUGGCACGCAUGGUGACCCUCGGAAGCGCUUCCGUCGCGCAAUACGCCACGGGGUUCCUCGCGGGCUGCCACGGGUACUUCUUCACGAACGAACACAACGUGCGCACGAAAACUCAAGUGGACGCGACGGAUUUUGGUUUUCUGGCCGCUAGUACCGAGUGCGACGACAAAUGCAACAAGCGGGCGCUGGGUUGCCCCCACAAACUGCUGUUGCGCGGGUCAGCGACUCUCGUGGCGGUCGACACCAAGCUCGACUACGCCUUGCUGCGUUUUGAUAAACACGCGCGCAAGCAGCUCAAGCGACUAAACGUGCCGCAUCUAUCUCUUCGAUCGACUCUGGUGGGCGACAACCGCAGCAGCCUCGCGGGGGAAUCGAUCUACGUGCCGCAGCAUCCCGACGGGACAGCAGCAAAGAUCGCCACGCGGCUGCAAAAUGGGACGGACGCGGUCAUAGUCGACGCCAACCUGGCUAACAAAUGCGGGACACGCCAGCUCGGAUAUAUGGUCGAUACGAUCGGAGGGUCGUCUGGGGCCCCCGUGAUUGCCACAAAGGACCACAAAGUGAUUGGGCUGCACCAUUGUGGCGACUGCAAUGCUGGCAGCGAAGGCACGGCGCUGCGGUCAGCCAUUUUCAUGCACGACAUCUUGACCGAUCUGAAGAGGAAGAAGGUUGCGUUGCCCCGUUGUUUCACCGAUUCAUAGCACGGUGGUACCGUGCUUCAUAACCGAUCAAACCGCGUUGGUCUUUUGCAUCGUGUUGAUAGACCUGUACGCACAUAAAGCAGUCGCGUGUAGAUAAAAGUUGCAUCCCUCUUCCAAUCGCGACAGGUCCGGGCACGCUGAGGAAGAGUGGUGGCGACGAUGAAGAUCGCGUUAGAGUCCAUGAAAAGCAAUUGCAACUUCUCUGUGGGGCGCACAGCAGCAGGGUCGAGCUUAUGUGGUCUAGUGCAGACCGAGGAAUCCAAGAGGCACGACGACGGGGCUGGCGACCUUGGCCACGACAGUCAAGUCUCUCGCGUCCAGCACGACCAGAAAGCUUUGCUUGGCAUGGCCAUCCAAGACGACCGUCAACAACACGCCGUCGUCUUCGUUCUGCGCGGACGGAUGCGGUACACAAAAAUGGGUUUCACUGGGAACGUCCCCCGCCUCCCAUCGCAGCUCGUUUCCCGUCUUCAAAUUCAAUGUGACGACGCCGUCGAAAAACACCGCGCUGUCGGCCAUUGCAUACACGAAAUGGUACUUGCCGUAGUGGCGACAACGUUCGUUGAUACUGGGCAAUUCGAGCGUCGGCGAUUCCCACACUUGGGGUACGUUUGGGAACGUCGGCGGCGUCGAGACCAAGGAGUGGGCCGACACAUUUCGCAGUCGGAAGCGGGCGAGGCGGGCGUCCGACUCGUCAAACACCGACCUUUGCACGAUCGACGGCACGUUCAAUCGGUCGAGAAUGGCCAUGUCGUUGUUCCGGAUUGAGUCAAGCUCGAUGUCGUCGAACGCGUCGAACGAGUGUGGAAGAAGAAAAACGCUUCCGUUGAUUCAAAAGUCGCGACAUGGGCCAUCGUGGCGCGGUCGACGACGUAAAACAGGCACUGCUUCGCAGGCUGCCACGUCAGCCCCUCGGAAAAGCUGUGUGUGUGGAUCUUUAGGGGGGUUGGCAAUCGCCGGGGGCGUCGUCACAACCACGUAUUUUGUUGUGGACGAAAACGAGUCGAUGUACGACCACGAGGGGUCUGGAAUGACUGCCUCGCGGACACUGCCGUCGUUGUCCAAGCGGAAGACGCCCGUGUGUUUGCCCAUCCAGUCGAUAUUGACGUUGAAAUACGUGUCGGUGGCAGCGUCGUGUUCUAGUGAAACGUGGUCAAGGCAAUGGCACAACUACAGGGAGAACUUGCGCUCGUGCGCUGUGGAUAUCGCCCCCACGAGUCGGUCGUCGUACGCCGAGUACUUGGCAAACGUUUUCGUCUCGAAAAUGUCGACAUCAAUCAGUUAGAGCAUGUUGUUAUCGCUCUUGACCGCAAUCGUGUUGAGAACGAGCGACUUGGGCAAGGUCGACACUGUCACGUUCAAAUUCAUCUCUCAGGGGCGGUAGACGGUGCGAUGGCCGCGUGGAUCAUGGCCGCAACCAAAGAGAGAUACGCAAGGAUCGAGCGCCGGGCCAAACAAAAUCGGGUUCGCGUUGAAUCAAGUCGCGCAUGCCCGUCGCGAUGAGCUUGUUGUGGUACCACACCGUCCCAUCCGAUCGAAUAUUGAAUUGAUGCAUGACACCAAGGCCGUCCAAGCAAUGCCGGAUCGUAGUCGGUUUUUUCGACAGGGGGCGGGACGGAAUGGCGUAUAUAUGCCAGGGGAAGUCCGAUACAGGACGCUGUUGGCAAGCCAUGCAGGAAGAACGCCCUCCACAACCUUGUACACGACAGGCGCGCGUUGUUCGACCAAGGUUUGGAACCCCGAGGCGGCGGCGGCCGACGCUUUGUUGACAAGUGCCCCCACCGAAC